UGUAUUUUAAUUUUUGCUUUUGAGUAAUGCGUAUUAAAUUUUUUAGGAAACGUAGGAGGAGCAUCCGUUGCAGCGGCGAAAGAAGAAGGAGAGUCGAUAAUAUUGUUACCGGCAAUAGAAAUCUCAUCAGCUGCUAACAAAACUUUGUUAGAAAGUUGAUAACCGCCUACUAUGAUCGUGUGGUACGUUCUUUUCACGCAUUAUCUUAUUUAUCAUCACUAUCAUCACUCUUAGAGGAAUCCUGGUAUCUUAUAAUAAUAGAUUCUUAUCUAUUGAAGGUUUCCUCCGCAAUUUAUCCUACAGUGUUAGAGCGAAACUAUUUAGUUAUUUCAAACUAGCGUGCAUAAGUUUCAAUAUUCAAAAUGGGAAUUCCUGGACUAACUACGUACAUACAUGAUCAUUCCGAUCGUUACUUGCGGAAUUAUGAAUUACAUGAUACAUAUUUAGUGAUCGAUGGUAUCAACAUAAGUUGUCGAAUGUUUAAGUUAUAUAUGGACGCAAGAUGUAAUUCUGCAUUCGGCGGCGAUUAUGAUAGUUAUGCACGUGCUGUAUCAAUCUUUUUCGACGAUCUAUUAAAAUGUCGCAUAACACCGUUGGUUUUGAUUGAUGGUGCCAACGAGGAUAAACAAUUAAGGAAAAGCAUAGUAAGGAGAAAAGAGAGAAUGCAAUCAGCUUCGCGGUUUUCUCUGUCCGGUCAACAUAGAACAGAAAUUUUCCCCUUAUUACAAGUUGAUGUGUUCAGAAGUGUGAUGAUAAAGAAGAACAUUCGACACGCACAGUGUCUAUUUGAAGCUGAUAAUGAGAUAGCUGCAGUAGCAAAGAUCUUAAAUUGUCCUGUACUUAGUUACGACUCGGAUUUUUAUAUAUAUGGAUCACAGUACAUACCAUUUAACACAUUGGAUACUUGUGUAGUUAGUCAUUCAAGGGGGAAAGGAUAUGUAAAACGUUGUAAAAUUUAUAAAGCUGAAUAUUUACUAAAUUCAUUUAGAGGUUUGCAUGAAUCGAUGUUACCAUUGGCAGCAAUUUUAUUAGGUAACGAUUAUGUUGAACGUGGAACAUUCACGAACUUCUUUCGUCACAUGGACAUAAAAAAAAUACCAGGAAGAAAAUAUAGAGAGAGCAUGAUUACAGCAACUUUUACGUGGCUAAGCAAGUACACCUUGAAUACAGCUAUUACCAGGAUUUUAAUCACAUUACCCGAACCUUCGCGACGAAGCAUGUUGAAUUUAAUAGAGGACAUUAUUAACAAUUAUAUAAAGACAUCAGCUGAAAUACUUAUACCAUUAAGAUUCCCAACAGAUUACAUCACUCGUGUAAAGACGCAACAUUUAAGCAGAAGUUUUAAAUUUGAUGGAGACAUUAGUAUUUCAACAUGCAUAAAACAAGCUUAUGAAGGAGAAAAGGACGAGGUCCGCAUGGAGGAAGAUUACGAUGUAUUUGAAGUAAUGAGCACAAUAAACGAAUCAUUGCCACAAAAUGAAGCCAUCAGUAAUUUGCCGGAAUGGUUCGUAAACGAAUAUCAUCUGGGCAAACUUCCAUCGUAUUUCAUAGACUUAAUAGUUCACAGAUUGUAUAUAUGUCCUAUACAAAUUGAAAAUGAUGAUUAUCCUUCGAGCAGUAUAAUAAGUUUAAAGAUCGUUAGCGUUAUUUUUGGAUUUCUAAAAUCAGCGAUAAAUGACGAAGUACGUUACAUGAGAGAAAUUCCAUUAAGUUUACGAAGGGAGAUUUUAAAUGAAACUUUGGGGAUUAACGAUGCAGAUGGUAUAAAGGAGCUUCCACCAGAGUGGAGGUUGUAUUUUGGAUGUAUUAAAUACUGGAUAAGGGAGCAAGAACCUAUUGUAUUCCAUAAAUCUAAUGUAUACGCUAUAUGCAUUGGUAUGAUAUUUCAUAUAAUAGAUUCUAAGAUCGGGUUAUACAGAACAACCGACACUUUUGAAAAGAGAAAGGGUCAAGUAAUUGAAGCUAUAAAACAGAAAAGAGCGAAUAAUUAUCAGCCGUACUACACGACGAAUGGUACAGUUAUUGAAGCCUACACCGCAAUCGACUCUGAGGACUGUUACUUAGCCGCACCAUUUUUCAUUUCUCAUUUUAGACUAGAUGAAAAAUUGCUUUCGGAUCAGAAAAUAUUUAAUAGAUCUAUAGUGCACGCAUUUGUAGAAUUUCAGAAUUGUUUGAAACAUGCCAUGAACCUGAAUGCGUUAUUAGAGUGUCCCUAUCCACAGACCAUAAUCGCCACUUUCUUUAAUGGUACUCUGUUAUAUAANUACAGCCUACUUUAA